AAUAGAAAUAUUGGCGGCGCGGUGUUCAAAAGACAAAACAUGACGAUCAUGGUUUCUUGAUCAUGUACUGCAAUCUUGUGUUUUGUUGGCAUAUGGUAUAUGAGAGGCAAUGAUACCUUUGUAAGACAUGAAAGCCCAGUGUUGCAUCUGUGCUGAACAUUUUAUCAAUGACCCGUCAGUGGCCAUAGCAGCUGUCCAGUGUGGGCACACUUUCCAUGAAGGCUGUCUAUCCACAUGGCUGAAGAACUCUAACACCUGUCCCAGCUGUCGAAGUCGGGUCGAUCCCUCGCGAGUCAUAAAUCGUCUCUUUUUUGAUGGAGACGAUGACAGUGGAAAUGAUGAUACUGAUGUAGGGCAGUUAAAGAACACAAUACAAAGUUUACAGGCAGACAAACGCACAACAGAGCUCAAGGUGAAAGAACUCAACAGUGACAAUGAAUCAUUGCAGAAAAAACUGAAGACUGUGAAAAAAGAGAAAGAUUUAGCGGAAACAAAGUACUUAGAAGAGCAAUCAAAUAUAUCAAGUUUGAAAAAACAACUGCAGUUUUAUCAAGUCCAGCAAAAAUGUAUUGAGAAGGAGAGAGAGACAUGUUCAAAGAUUAAACAGAAAUUUUCACAGUACCAAAACAUUGAGAGACUAUUGACAGCAUGUGAAGUUGAUAUCAAAGAAACCAUCCAACAAUAUGGUGAUUCAAGUAAAGAAAGUGUACAGAACCUUGCUACUUAUUGUAGCAUGCUGAAAAGGGAAUACGACAAAAUCAAAUUCGAGAAGAAAAAUGUCAAGUCAGAAUUUGAAAAAUUCAAGAGAGAAAACAUGUCCAAAGAUCACAUUCUUCAAGAGAAGGAAAGGGAGAUAACGCACCUUAAGGAGCAACUAGCUCACUCUGAGGAAGAUCUCAAAAAGGUGGAAAAAGAGAAGCAUUCCCUAAAAAGGAAAAUCUUGAAUUAUCGCAAAGCAGUUCAAAGUCCAAAUGGAGAGAAUGUAGCCAGUGUUAGUUUUGUGGAUAAAAUGAUGAGUGAAAGUCCAUUUGGGAAUUUGAAGGACAAUGUGGACUCUCCUGUUUUAUUUGAUGAUUCCACAGAAAAAGUGAAAGAAGUGGACCUGGAGGAGUAUACCAAGAAGUCAGUGUCUCCAGAAAUAUUGAAAUCAUCGAGCACCCUAAAUUCUCAGAACAAACGCCCAAAUGACUCAGGAACAGAGGUCAAGUACCUAAAAAUAGGAUCAGCCAGUCAGAAGCCGGUGAAGAGACAGAAAUGUGAUGAUCUGGCAGAAGUUCAGGGACUGAGUCAUUUCAAUAUAUUCAAGAAAAAAUCAGGAGUAGGGGACUAUAGUUCUUCCAUCAGGAAAGGCUUCAAUGGACUGGGUUGUGUAGAAACAUUCACGGAACCCUCGGGGAGACCUAAGUUCACUGUGCCAAAAAGGUCCAUCAGUCGAGUGAGUAAGAAUGGUAAAAUGCUGAAGGUUCCGUCUUUACCAACUCUUGAUAAUUUUGUUGUGCUUGACUGAUUAUUCCUUAAGAUUUCUACCUCAUCGUAUGGUGCUAUUGGUAUACACACAUGUAAUACAUUAUAGGUAAUUGUUAUAUGGAAAUCAUGAGAUGGGUGAAAUUAUUGUUACUUGGAUAUUUGGAAAUUGUAACUGAUUUUAGGUGAAAAAACUAUUCAGUUAUCCUUUAAGUGCUAAUCAGGAUCUUAAAAGUAAAAAGAAUAUUACUAAAACAUAGAGAGUCAUUUGUUUCAAGAUGUUUUAAUAUCUAUGAACAAUUCAGUGUAAAGUUAGCUGCCCACAUCUAUGUCUUUGUUGUCUCUCUCAGUAAGGAAUUAACAUCCCACUGUACAGUAGAGCUGUGUAUGAGUAUCUGAUUCGAAAUUCUCUACUUUUGUGCAGUGAUGACACAUUUAUUUAUAUGAUACACACUGAACAUGCAUAUGUAAAUAAUUUUUUUGCAUUAAAUUUUUA